AUGGAGGAGCAUGCUAAAAACAAAGAUGAAGUUAUCCUGACUGAAAUCACGAAAAAGUUAGAAGAAAAAGAAAAGAAAGACACCGAAAGGCAGGAAAGUUUGGAAACAAAAUUAAGGACGUACGCGGCAGUGACGAAGGAGAAUCUCAAUCCUAAACACGCAGGAGCCGCUACACUAAAAACACAAGAGAUGCACUCGAUCAUAAUAAAAUCGACAGGUACAGAAACCAGCGAAAAAAUACUAGAACGCAUCCGAAACACGGUAGAUGCCAAAAACACCGGGCUCAACGUCGACAAAAUAAGGAAAGCAAAGGACCAAAAGGUAGUGAUAGGAUUGGAAACAGCAACCACAAAAGACCCACUGGUCGUCCUCAGAGACGUAAUAAAAUCCCACACAGAUGAGGAUGUGGUGAGUGCACUAAAAAACCAAAAUCGGAACCUGUUUAAAGACCUGCGGGAGGAAGAAGUAAGAGCAGAGAUAAAAUACCGAAGACGGGCUAGAAACCCGCACACUGAGAACAUAAUUCUACAGGUCUCUCCGCGUGUAUGGAAAAUACUUACAGAAGCAAGAAAGGUGCAUAUAGACCUACAGCGAGUACUGGUACAGGACCAAUCGCCACUAAUGCAGUGUUCGAUGUGUCUGGGUUACGGCCAUGGGCGUAAACAUUGCAAAGAAGCCGACCCAACCUGCUCGCAUUGUGGAGGAUCCCACCUUAAAACCGACUGCCCAGACCACUCAGCGGGAGUACCACCAGUGUGCGUAAACUGCCGAAAGGCAAAAACUAGCCCAGAUGCACAUAACGCCUUUGACAUCGAGUGCCCAGUGCGAAAAAGGUGGGACAUAUUACCCCGCAGCCCAGUGGCCUAUUGUUAA